UGUGCCUCCUUGUAUCUUCAUAACUGUUUGUUGUUGGGUGGUGUGGGGUUUUUUUUCCGCUUUCCCCGAGGCGGAGGGGAGAACAGCCGCCCCCAGCGCGCCUGCAUGGCUCCUCUCCCCCGGAGCGCCCCUGGAAAAUAAAAUCCGCCUCAGGCCAGGUGACGUGCCCCCGCCUCCGCGCUCACACACACGGGGAGCGGCAGAGGCGGGGGAGCGCCUUCCUGUGAGAACAUGGAGGGACCCUCGGGCCCGCCGGAGGAAGGGGAGCUGCCGCUCCUCACCGUCAAGCACGAGCUGAGGAACGCAAAUUUGACAGGCCAUGCGGAGAAAGUUGGCAUUGAAAACUUCGAACUCCUGAAAGUUCUUGGAACAGGGGCUUAUGGAAAAGUGUUCCUAGUAAGGAAAGUAAGUGGCCACGAUGCUGGAAAGCUGUAUGCCAUGAAAGUACUGAAGAAAGCAACAAUAGUUCAAAAAGCCAAAACAACUGAGCACACAAGGACAGAACGACAAGUGUUGGAGCACAUUAGGCAAUCACCAUUUUUGGUCACGUUACAUUAUGCCUUCCAGACAGAUACAAAGCUUCAUCUCAUUUUAGACUAUAUAAAUGGAGGAGAAUUGUUUACUCACCUUUCACACAGAGAGAGAUUCUCAGAAAAUGAGGUACAAAUUUACAUUGGUGAAAUCGUUUUGGCACUUGAACAUCUCCACAAGUUGGGGAUUAUAUAUCGGGAUAUAAAACUUGAGAAUAUUCUCCUUGAUUCUGAUGGCCAUGUGGUGCUGACAGACUUUGGUCUGAGUAAGGAAUUCCUUACUGAUGAGAAUGAGAGAGCAUAUUCCUUCUGUGGAACAAUAGAAUACAUGGCUCCAGAUAUCGUAAGAGGAGGAGAUACAGGACAUGAUAAGGCUGUUGAUUGGUGGAGUGUUGGUGUUCUUAUGUAUGAGUUAUUAACUGGAGCAUCACCAUUUACAGUUGAUGGAGAGAAGAAUUCCCAAGCAGAGAUUUCUAGAAGGAUAUUAAAAAGUGAGCCACCUUAUCCACAAGAAAUGAGUGCACUGUCUAAGGAUAUAAUUCAGCGUCUUUUGAUGAAAGACCCCAAGAAGAGGUUAGGUUGUGGUCCCACUGAUGCUGAUGAAAUCAAACAGCAUCCCUUUUUCCAGAAUAUGAAUUGGGAUGAUUUAGCUGCCAAAAAAGUAUCAGCUCCAUUUAAACCGGUAAUCAGAGAUGAGUUGGAUGUCAGUAAUUUUGCAGAAGAGUUUACAGAAAUGGAUCCAACAUAUUCUCCUGCAGCAACCCCCCAGACUUCAGAAAGAAUAUUUCAGGGAUAUUCUUUCGUUGCACCUUCUAUUUUGUUUAAACGCAAUGCAGCUACAGUAGAUCCUCUUCAGUUUUAUAUGGGGGAUGAGCGGCCUGGAACUGCAACUAUUGCCAGAAGUGUUAUGAUGAAGGACUCUCCAUUUUAUCAUCAUUAUGAACUGGAUCUGAAAGAGAAACCAUUGGGAGAAGGAAGUUUUUCCAUUUGUCGAAAGUGCUUACACAAGAAAACUAGCCAAGAGUAUGCAGUAAAAAUAAUUAGCAAAAGAAUGGAAGCCAACACCCAGAGAGAAAUAACAGCUCUGAAGCUCUGCGAAGGUCACCCGAAUGUAGUGAAGUUACAUGAAGUUUAUCAUGACCAGCUUCACACGUUUCUAGUAAUGGAAUUGCUGAAGGGAGGAGAAUUGCUUGAACGUAUUCAGAAAAAGAAACAUUUCAGUGAGACUGAAGCCAGUCAUAUUAUGCGCAGACUUGUUUCAGCAGUGAGCCAUAUGCACGAUGUAGGAGUAGUCCAUAGAGACCUGAAACCUGAGAAUUUAUUGUUUACAGAUGAAACUGAUAAUUCAGAAAUAAAAAUAAUUGAUUUUGGCUUUGCUCGUUUAAAACCACCUGAUAAUCAGCCUCUUAAGACUCCAUGUUUUACUCUUCAUUAUGCUGCCCCAGAGCUCUUGAAUCACAAUGGUUAUGACGAAUCUUGUGAUCUGUGGAGUUUGGGGGUCAUUUUGUAUACAAUGCUAUCAGGACAGGUGCCAUUUCAGUCUCAAGACAAAAGUUUAACAUGUACCAGCGCAUUGGAAAUUAUGAAGAAAAUAAAAAAGGGAGAGUUUUCCUUUGAAGGAGAAGCUUGGAAAAAUGUUUCUGAAGAGGCUAAAGAGUUAAUUCAAGGACUUCUGACAGUGGAUCCAAACAAAAGAAUUAAAAUGUCCAGCCUGAGAUACAACGAAUGGCUUCAGGAUGGCAGCCAGCUGUCAUCGAACCCUCUAAUGACUCCUGAUAACUUAGGCUCUUCAGGAGCUGCGGUGCAUACAUAUGUCAAAGCCACUUUUCAUGCCUUUAACAAGUACAAAAGGGAAGGAUUUUGUCUCCAGAAUGUUGACAAGGCACCUCUUGCAAAGAGAAGGAAAAUGAAAAAAACAAGUACAAGCACAGAGACACGUAGCAGCUCCAGUGAAAGUUCACAUUCUUCUUCCUCUCAUUCUCAUGGUAAAACUACACCUACAAAGACACUGCAGCCAACAAACCCUACAGACAGCAAUAACCCAGAAACCAUCUUCCAGUUCUCUGACUGAAAAGCAGAGAGUAUCCUGUCUUCAAGGUUUAAGUGGUUAUAAACUUGGUAGUACUUAUAUUGUCUUCUCCCACCCUUCCUCCCUGUGGCUUACAGGCUACAGGAAUAUGUCUGUUGCUUUAAAAAUGUAUUUCAGUCAUACCUUUUUAGCGUUGUAUGUCAAUACAUUUCUUUUUAGCAUUAAGUUUGGUAUCACUGGAUAUGGUGUAAUACUAUUAUACAACCAACAUUGUAUUCUCUUAGGGCUAAAUUACUAGUGUGCAGUCAAGCUCAAGUUUAAAGAGCUAUGCUGCUCAUGGUACAGCUUGGAGGAAGACUGUUUCUCAGUGUCAGAAUCUUCCUCCCAGGUUCUUCCCCACUGUUCAAAGAAAGGAAAGCUCUGUAACAUGUAUAGAACUCUGGGAUCUUCUGCCUUUACCCAGCUGUGAGAAGAAUGUCAUAGAAUUUGAUUCUUCAUGCAUGUAAGGAAUCAUUGGUACAAUGCACCAAAGCAGUAAAGUACUUUAAGGCCUUUUAAAUUUGUGGUUACAUUCUAUCCCUUUUAUUUGAAUUUUAAGACUAAAAUGAAGCGUUAUGGAACUCUUAAGUUGUUUUUAAAAGUAACUCCAUAUAUCUUGUUCUAAACAACUGGGAAUAUGUCUUAGAUUUUUUUUUUUAUUUAUUUAAUUUUAAAAAAACAUCUAGGGUAAAAGAUGAGGUGAGGUGUCUAGUACUGUGAUAAAAUAAUUUUUAUUUCUACUUUUUGAAGUUAGUAACUUUCAAAAUGUUUUACAGAUUCUAAAAUGUAAUGCUAUAAGAGAAAGUGAAAUUUCAUAUUGAAUGCUUUGGAAAAUGGUCACAUGUUAAAAUAUCCAUCUCAAGUAUUAAUUAUAAUUUAUAUUUUCUUUUUAUAUUUACACAAUAACUUUAAAAUAUUAAGAUUUUUUUAAAGAUGAAAAAACUCUGGUUUCAACAUUUGUUAUUAGAGGGUCCACACAAAAUGUAUACCAAGUUAUUUGAAUUUUGCAUUGUGCAGAUAUGGCAGUUUAAUAGUGACUGUAAAAUAUUAGAAUAUAUGUUUUCUUUUUUGCACUUUAUAACAUCAAAAGAUGUUUUAUAAUAAAGUGCACUCAGAUCUCUCUUCCUACAAGGUGCUGAGCACUGUUUUACUGGGUUGAAUGACCUGAAAUCCACUGUAUUUGGUGGUUGGGGUCAUUGUGAAGGAGAAUUCUGUACUUUGCAGGAGUGAAUCCCUGUAUAUUACCCACUGUUUUCAUUCCUUACUUUAAACUGCAAAGCUCUUUCUAUCUUGCUUUUACAUUGUAUAUAACAAAUACUAGACCUGUGCACCUUGUGUAGUGUAGAUGUUAACAACUUAUGCACUGGGAAUACUAAAGGGAAAUUAUAUUGAACACUGUGCUUCACAACUUGUUCACUGUGGUGUUCUACAGUGAAGUAUUUCCUACUGUGAUAGUAUAGUAUGUACAUAACUGUUUGGAAUCAUAAAUGUGACUUACAGAAACAUCAGCAUAAACUUUUAAAUCAGCAUAUUUUAUAAAUUUAUGGAGAGCUCUUUUAUUGCUCGUAUUCUCAAUGACUAGGGGUAACUUAAGUGCUAAAGAUGACUCCAGUUUUGCAAAUGCUUACAUGUGUAAGUUUCCACUGAAGUCAGAGAGACUCCUUGUGUAAAGUUAAUCAUAUGCCUGAAUUUGUGUGAUGGAAGACUAAUUGACUGGAGGAUUUUGUUAACAGCUUGCUCUAUUUUAAAGUAAACUUAAUCCAAACCCUA